AUGGGAUCGCAAUGGUUAGAAGCAGUGCUCUCGGCCCCAGAGCCGCCGGAAGGCCUAGAUCUGCUUCAAGCCGCUGUCUCAGCACAGCAGCAGAACGCGGCUACAGCACCUACAUCUGAAAUACCACUCUCAAGCCGCAUCGACAGCCUUCAAGCGUCUAUAUGGACUGACCUCACCAUCACAAACCGCCAACAGUGCAUCAACGAACUCGACCGAGCAUGGUCCGGCCGUGGGUGGAUUCCGCCGUGGCCACAAGCUGACCUCACCGGCUCCGGCACCAUAUUCUCAACCUCGCAACCAUCACUCGGCUAUGUUCCCAUCAUCAUAUAA